ACAUCACAAUAUUCACAAUUGCGGGGCUAGUGCUACGAUUCUAGCCGAGAUUUAUAGGCAAUGGUGCGAAAAUGCUGCGUUCAGGGGUGCAACUCUAACUAUGAUGCAGUCCUACGUUAUAGUAUGUCACCAAUCAGUACCUUCAAAUUUCCCGACGAUCCCGAUCUUCGAAGCCGCUGGGUUCAGGCUGUGCAGAGACCCGAAGGCUGGACGCCUGGCCGUACAGCGUGUAUUUGUAUUCAUCAUUUUCAGCCAGAGGAUAUUCUAAAAGCUGAUAAACCAGCCAAGCUGAAACCGGAUGCGGUUCCUUUGAUUUGUGAGGAACUUUUAAAGAGGAAACACGGUCCGUUGAUAAAGCGUGGGCGACCGAAGAAAAGUGAUGCAAAAAGUAAAGAAACCAAUAGCGUUGAAUGUUUUGGCGAGUGCGAAGGUGCAGAUCGUUUAGGGCCUGUAGGUGAUUUGAUGGAAGAGUUGAUUCUUGACUUUGAAGACUUUACUCUACGGGUAGAGAAAACCGACAGUUUCGAAGGUUGGCACCAUUAUAGAAAGGGCAGUGUUUUGCAUUUCUAUAACAUAGCAGAUGAAAAUGACGAUAGAGCCAUUCAAGUCGAAAAUAGCUUUAAGAUUUUUGCAGAUAUGACCAUCUAUCUAUUUGUGAGAGAAAUUAACCAAACUGAUGAGUGUCUGAAAUCGAUUUUGGGCCAGGAACUGAAGCUUCGGCGGUGGUCACAAUUUGAGACUAUUUUGCAAAGAUAUGAUCAUAUUUUAGAUACUUCAAAUGAUCUAAGAGACGAGAACGUUUUACUGCAAGCUGAACGAACUGAUGAUGAUAUACUCCUUUUUAACGAGGAUGAUAGUUUAGAGCGAGAAUCUGGAAAGACGGAAGUGUCAAUCGAAGAUGAAAACAGUCAUUACCGUACCAAUGUUAAAAUAGUCAAUAUUGAAAUUGAAGAACAAACUACCUCGUGUGAACAAAUUGAAUUUCUGUCAAUGGAUACAAACGAUCAAGCCAAUGACAGCGAUUGCAUGUCUUUAUUAAGAAAGAAUCCGCUUGGAACUGGUAAGCGCCGUACGCAGACUACCGAUGAUAAAUGCGAACGCAGGCAUGUCAGAGAUACUAUUAAAGCCCUUAAGAUGGUUCGACAUAAAUGUUUUAUAUGCGACCAAGAACACGAAAAUAUGGAAGAGCUUGAACAUCACCUGCCCAGUCACGUCGAUAUGUUACCCUAUUGUUGCCAAAGAUGUGUAACUCAGGACGUAACGUUAACGACGCUGGCGUCUUUGAAUAAGCACUUCCUUAUGCAUUUGAAGCCGUUAAAAUGUCGCACUUGUGAUGUGCGGUUUUCAAGCUAUGGAACUCGAUUGCUGCAUGAAGAAAACAGCCACGUAAAUAAAGGACCUAUACCGUGCGAGUUUUGCGGAAAGAUACUUCGUUCGUCGCGGGGGUAUCAGCAUCAUGUGAAGGUUCAUAGCAAUCCGGAAGCCGUUAAGUGCCAAGUCUGUGAAAAACAGUUGUCUUCGAGUUACGAGCUGAAAUUACAUCUGCGAGUUCACACAAAAGAAAAACCGAAUAAAUGUCCAUUCUGCAGUGCAUCCUUUAACAGAGUUUCGAAUCUAGUUGCACAUAAGCGACGUUUCCACAGCAAAGAAAAGCCAUUCGUGUGUCCAGAUUGUAACGAUCGGUUCCGGACCAGUUUGGAACUUAAAAGACACGCUGCUGCUCACAAUCCUGAAUCGUGUGAUGCCAUAAGCGAAAAACAAAAUCGACGGUUAAACUCUGUUGCAGCUACGGAUUUGCACAAACUUUACCACUGCAAAGUAUGUGAUAAGCAUUUGCCUACUCGAAUAAGUUAUCAUUCUCACAUGCGUAAGCAUAGAAAACGCUAUCAGUGUAGUUUUUGUGGUCUACAAAUCGGACAGAGAAGGGAUUUUAUUGAUCACGAAAAUACACACACCGGUAAUCGUCCCUAUAAGUGUGAGAUUUGUUCAAAACGGUUUCAAACAUCAUCGACGUAUUACGGUCACCGGACGAUCCACUCUGGCAUAAAACGGUUUGCCUGUAAUGAUUGUGAUCGCCGUUUCAGCAGACUUAGCCACUUGAUUGUGCACAAAAAAACUCAUUCAGCGCCGAAAGAGGAGCAGUUUGUUUGCAAAUCGUGUAAUAAAACUUACGCGGAUCGAGGAGCAUACAAUAUGCACCUGGAAUCUCACAAAGUUCAUCAACAGUCGCUAAAGAGUGCGGCUUUAACUGAACAGGCACAAACUUCGAUUACGUUCCGGACCGUUUCGGAAGCUACUCCGUAUGUGGCGAUUCGGCAGGCUAGCUCCACUACCGAACAAGUUCAGCAGUUCAUCCAUACUAAUGACGGACAAGAGGCAAUCUUGGUUUCUGCCGACGUAAUUGUUCCUCACAGUAUCAUAAUAUUACAACAGUAG